UGUGGGGGAGGCGGGCGGCGUGCGCAUGCGCCGAAGGGCUCGCCCUAGAAAAGCUGUGAGCAGCUGGGCCUCGUGGUCAUGGGGUUGUUAACGGUUUCUGUGGUUCGGGUUUUCGAGGCUCCCCGGCCUCCUGCUUUGCCCCUGCUCCCUUUUCCUUAGAGGAGCCAUGCGCUGGGUCUUGGAGUCAGUGGGGACAGGUCGAAGGGUGGAGGCGAUGGCCGUGGCAGUUGGCCUCGGCCCCCCUAGGCCCGCUCCCUCCUCCCGGGCCCCCCGGCCGGCCAGGAGCCCCCUCGCUGGUGCCUGGCCCCGAGCCCCUGUUUCCAUGAUGGCCACCAUCAAGAGUCAGCUGAUUCAGACUUUUGUCAAAGAGGAUGUUGUUCCUCAAAAUAAGAUCACUAUCGUAGGGGUGGGUUCGGUCGGCAUGGCAUGUGCUGUCAGUAUCCUAAUGAAGGGCCUGACUGAUGAACUUGCCCUCGUCGAUGCCAUGGAGAAUAAGCUGAAAGGAGAGAUGAUGGAUCUCCAGCACGGCAGCCUCUUCCUUAAAAUGCCGAAGAUCGUCUCUGGCAAAGACUACAGCGUGACCGCCAACUCCAAGCUGGUGGUGAUCACGGCAGGUGCCCGCCAAGUGGAUGGAGAAACCCGCCUUGACUUGGUCAAGCGAAACGUGGACAUCUUUAAACUGAUCAUUCCCAACAUCAUCAAGUACAGCCCCAACUGCAAGUUACUCGUGGUGUCCAAUCCGGUGGACGUUUUGACGUACGUGGCCUGGAAGAUGAGCGGCUUCCCCCAGAACCGGAUUAUCGGGAGCGGCUGCAAUCUGGACUCUUCCAGAUUCCGCUACCUGCUGGGGGAGAGGCUGGGCCUCCAUUCUGCCAGCUGCCACGGCUGGGUCCUCGGGGAGCACGGAGACUCGAGCGUGCCCGUGUGGAGUGGGGUGAACGUUGCCGGUGUCUCUCUGAAGGGUCUGUACCCCGAAUUCGGAAGCGACGCGGACAAGGAGCGGUGGAGAGAUGUUCAUAAGGAGGUGGUCGAUUGCGCCUAUGAGGUCAUCAGAGCGAAGGGCUACACCUGUUGGGCCAUCGGCUUCUCGGUGGCCGACCUGGCGGAGAGCGUUAUGAAGAAUCUGCGGCGGGUGCACCCCAUUUCCACCAUGAUUAAGGGUCUGUACGGGAUCCAAGAUGAAGUCUUCCUCAGCGUUCCUUGCGUGUUGGGCCAGAACGGCAUCUUGGAGGUGGUGAAGAUCCCCCUGAUGCCCGAGGAGGAGGCUCAACUGAAAAAGAGCGCAGAUACGCUGUGGGGAAUUCAGAAGGACCUGCGGUUUUAAAGCCUCCUCGCCGGACGCUCUAUCCCAGUACAGUAGCGGGUCGGGGAUCGGGCGGGUGGCACAUGAAGCGGGUCGCAUCUCUUCCCCCGUCCUCCCGCUCACCCGUUAGGCACCGACUGUAAAGGCGGUUGCCCGACGGGUGGGUUUCAGCUUUGGAAGUGGGGCAAGGCGUCUCUCCAACGCGGUAGCUCUGGUUGGAUGCCGGGUGAAUCUCGUCCAGUGGUCGUGCAGCGGGCCUGCGGUCCGGGGGGGGGGGGUGGUGUGUUUCCGCAAGGCGGACGGGGUCGAGCUGUAUUGCGAAAGGGGAAUCCUAAGGUGCCGAGGAGUGCCGUCAUUCGGCGCGCUGUCGGGACGGUACGUUUUCCUGAAGUGCCCCCCAGAUCCUAGUGCUCCACACGCCCCCCCCACUCUAAGUAUCCCACCUCCCUUUCCAAUAAACCGGGAACUGCCAAUCGG